AUGAGGAGACAAGCGCCCAAGGGGCACCCAGACCUAGCCCUCUCCAUCGCCUUAUUUGAGAAGCUCGUGUCGCUCCUGUCUAGUGACCACGACCUCCAGAGCGCCCAGGCCAGUGAUGGUUGCAGUCUUGCAGCCGGCCUGGCUGGUCCAACAUGCAGCUCAUUCAAGCUGAUCCUGCGAAGAAAGGGGGAAAACCCGAAGGAUUUGCCCCUGCCCCGGAAAAGCAGCAGCUGCCGUACCAGUAACCGGAAGAGCCUCAUCCUGACCAGCACGUCGCCCACGCUGCCGCGACCCCACUCCCCACUGCCUGGACACUUGGGUAGCAGUCCCCUGGAUAGCCCCCGCAACUUCUCCCCCAACACCCCCGCCCACUUCUCGUUUGCUUCUUCCCGAAGGGCGGACGGACGCCGUUGGUCUCUGGCUUCGCUCCCUUCGUCUGGCUAUGGCACCAACACACCCAGCUCCACUGUCUCGUCUUCCUGCUCCUCCCAGGAGCGCCUCCACCAGCUGCCCUACCAGCCCACCGUGGACGAGCUCCACUUCCUCUCCAAACACUUCGGCAGCACCGAGAGCAUCACGGAUGAGGAUGGCGGCCGCCGCUCCCCAGCCGUGCGGCCCCGCUCGAGGAGCCUCAGCCCCGGACGCUCCCCCUCCUCUUAUGACAACGAGAUCGUGAUGAUGAACCACGUCUACAAGGAGAGGUUCCCGAAGGCCACCGCGCAGAUGGAGGAGAAGCUGCGGGACUUCACGCGCGCCUAUGAGCCUGACAGCGUGCUGCCGCUGGCCGAUGGCGUGCUCAGCUUCAUCCACCACCAGAUCAUCGAGCUGGCCCGGGACUGCCUGACCAAGUCCCGCGAUGGCCUCAUCACCACCGUCUACUUCUACGAAUUGCAGGAGAACCUAGAGAAGCUGCUGCAGGAUGCUUAUGAACGUUCUGAGAGCUUGGAGGUGGCCUUCGUCACCCAGUUGGUGAAGAGACUGCUCAUUAUCAUCUCUCGCCCUGCGAGGCUGCUGGAAUGCCUGGAAUUCAACCCCGAGGAGUUCUACCACUUGCUAGAAGCAGCGGAGGGCCACGCCAAGGAGGGGCACCUGGUCAAGACAGACAUCCCUCGUUACAUCAUCCGCCAGCUGGGCCUCACCCGGGACCCUUUUCCAGACGUGGUGCAUCUGGAGGAACAGGACAGUGGCGGCUCCAACACGCCCGAGCAGGACGACCUGUCUGAGGUAAGCCGGGCGGCAGCAGUCAGCACUGGUUCUGGCUGGAUAGGCAAGGCUCACCCCCUAGCUCCCUGCCCGCAGGCUGGGUAGAUCUUUUGGUCUCUGUUCUGAGCCU